GCUCUCUCCUGCUGGCUUGUUGUGGGCUCCGUCUCGGCGGAGACUUUUCCUGCCAAUCUGUCCAAUCAUAGUUUACUGACAGGGUGGAAGUUGGUCUCCACGUCGUCCUCAUACAAAACUGUGUCAGUUCAAAGCUGUUACGUGGAGAUUCAGCGAAAAAGUCGACAACGUUAGUGAAGUUUCUGUGAGUUACGACGAAGCGAUACAAACUAAAGUAAUAUCCCCCUGCGGUUGAAGGUGACCAGAGCGAUACGGUAUGGGAAAUUAACAUUUAUACUUGAUAUCUUUGUGCUGGGCUAUGGGUGUCAGACACUUCUGUAUUCCUAUAUGACAACACCGACUACCUCUGCUACUCACUGUCAUAUGUCUAGCAUGCCACGCAGGCAGCUAACUUCUCCAAAGAAAGAAAAACCUCGCCUACAACUGAGAAGUGGCCUUAACAGUAUGAUACUUUGACAUUCUUCACAUUUUCACCUGGAUUUCCACUUUUAAACACCCAAAAUGAUGAAGAUUAGGAGAUAUUUAAGGGGGAGUGGGAGGGUACUUGCAUUUGUGUUCAUUGCCUCUAUUAUUUGGCUAAUGCUUGACAUGGCUGUACUUCGCUUGUCAAUGAACGAUGUGAACAGUCAGCUGCUGAAGGAGCGAGUGAUCAGAGAAAGGGAAGAUUUUAAACAGUCCCGGGUGACACAGGUGGUCAGAAGGGGUUUUAAAAACCCAGUUCAGAGGGUAGACUUUGCUGUUACACAUGCUGUUAAAGGACCACUCAAUCCAAGCCUCAAACUAGCCAAAGGGUACAGACAGGGAGGCAAGAAACAAGAUCCCAUUUUGGAGGACAAAAAAAAGAUAAACUCUCUACCUCACCAAGUAAAUUAUAUGGCCAACAUUGACCAGCAAAAAGAUGUUGUUUCUGAACAUAAAGAAGGAGGGGCUGUACAAAAUGUCACACCGAAGCUGGGAGUUCCUGCAAAUAAAAGAGCAGUAAACUUGGAUUUGAAUGUCAAGAAAGUAGAGAAAAGUAGAGAAACAGUUGUCUCUGCUAAAGUGACAUUACCUUUAGUAGUGCCUAAAAUAACCCAAGCUCCUCCAGGUGUUCAGGAAGCAAAACAUGGACCACUACCAACCUCAAAGAAGGGACCCAUUAAAGCAGAGGGUGUUGCACAAAAAGCUUUGGACAAAAUUGAAACAAAGACAGACGUAGUCAAGGAGAAAUCUGAGACUAAGACUGGAGCGAAAGUGAGUGAGCUUAAGAACAAAGAGGCCCACCCUGUUGAAACAACAUCUAAACCAGUCAACAAGGAGGUCAAAGGAAAGGAGGAGAAACGGGUCAAGACGAUCACCAAGGCUGACCUGAAGGCAGCGAAACCUACAAUCAAGCUCCAAGCAGGAGAGGGCUCCAAGGAUAACCCCAGUGCUGUCAGAAAACCAGGUGUCCACAAAAUGCUCUCUCUGGACAUGACUAACGCUCCCAGAGAUGUUAACGCAAUGGGUCAGUUUGGUCUGGCAGCACUGGCCUCCAGUAACGAAGAUAUAGAGGUAAAGAAGAGAUGGAACGAAGGGCAUUUUAAUGUCUUCCUGAGCGACAAGAUCCCAGUGGACCGAGCCAUCCCCGACACCAGGCCUGAUAUGUGUGCACAGAAUCUGGUCCAUGAUGACUUGCCUUCCACCAGUGUGAUUUUCUGUUUUGUGGAUGAAGUGUGGUCCACACUCCUCCGCUCUGUUCACAGUGUGUUAAACAGAUCUCCACCACACCUCCUCAAAGAGAUCAUUCUAGUGGAUGACUUCAGCACCAAAGACUAUCUGAGAGAGCAGCUAGACAAGUACAUGGCUCAGUUUCCCAAAGUGCGAAUUCUUCGUCUGAAGGAGCGUCAGGGUCUGAUCAGGGCCAGGAUCGCAGGAGCUGAUAUAGCCCAAGGCGAGGUCCUUACCUUCCUCGACUCCCACAUUGAGUGUAACGUGGGCUGGCUGGAGCCGCUGCUGGAGAGAAUCUACCUGGAUCGUAAGAAGGUGCCCUGUCCGGUUAUUGAAGUUGUCAGUGAUAAGGACAUGAGUUAUAUGCUGGUUGACAACUUCCAAAGAGGUGUUUUCAAAUGGCCUUUGGUGUUCGGCUGGAGCGCAUUACCAGAGGAGUACAUUAAGAAGAAUAACAUGAGCAUCUCCGAUCCCAUCAGAUGUCCAGUUAUGGCUGGAGGCCUUUUCUCCAUAGACAAGAAAUACUUCUAUGAGCUUGGCACCUAUGAUCCCGGCCUGGAUGUGUGGGGUGGGGAAAACAUGGAGAUUUCAUUCAAGAUCUGGAUGUGUGGAGGGGAAAUCGAGAUCAUCCCCUGCUCUCGAGUGGGACACAUCUUCCGAGGACAGAAUCCUUACAAGUUCCCGAAAGACCGGCAGAAGACGGUGGAGCGUAACCUGGCCAGGGUGGCAGAGGUCUGGCUGGAUGAGUACAAGGACCUCUUCUACGGCCACGGCUACCACCACCUGCUGGAUAAAAAGAGCACCAACAUCGGCGAUCUCACCGAGCAGAUCGAGCUGAGGAAGAAGCUCCAGUGCAAGAGCUUCAAGUGGUACCUGGACAACGUGUUUCCAGAUAUGAACGCACCUUUAGCCAAAGCUGAGGGCCUGGUCUUUAAUCAGGGCUUGAGAAAAUGCCUCAAUAUGCAGCAAGGCUCUCUGUCCUUUGAUAAAUGUGAUCUCAGCAAGCAGAGUCAGCACUUUAAUUACACCUGGACGAGGCACAUACGGCAGCAAGAUCUAUGUCUCGCUCCCCAAGGCAAGGGCAGCAGCUUCGCUUUACAAUUAUGUGACAACGACAAGCCUGAGCAUCGUUGGUUCCACAAAUCAUCCAACUCCGCUCUGGCGGAGCACCUCAUAGCAGAGUUUGCAUCCAAACACAUGUGCCUGGAGGCGGGGCCUCUGGGUGACACUCUUCGCCUAAAUCCAUGUGAAACCGGAAAUGCCUUCCAGAAGUGGCAGUUCACACACUACCACGCUUAGUGAUGAGACUGAACUGUGUCACACAUGCACUAUAGAGACCUUCAGUGGCCUACACUACACUACAGUCUGCAGCUCGGACUCAACACACCACUGUCCAGAGGAGGGAAGCGCUUUGGUGGCAGGAACAUGUGGGGCAGAGCAGAGUUUGGGGAUGUGCAAUGUUUCUAAUUUACUUUCAUCAAAUCAUCAUGGACUGGCGUAGAGUUUUAAACUUGUGUGCCAGAGGAAAGGCAGCAUCUCCUCUCUGUUUUGGAACAAUUUGAACCGGGGAAUGUCAAAGGGAUUCUGGUGAAUGUCUGUGAACACUUUAUAUUAAGCACAACAUAUCUCACUACCAAAGAUAAACAGUGCCUAUCAGAUGUCAGAUGUAAAAAGUGAUUUUCAUUCUCUUCAUUUUGUGUUGGGAAUAAUUGCAUGUAAUAUAGAAUGUAUUGAACAUAUCACAUGUUUUCAGCUAAACAUCAUAUUUUCUUCAUGUCAUGUACUUUUGUGUUUGACGAGGCACAUGGGGGGGAAACGGCUGCUUCUAUGCAUUCUUUUAGUGUGGUUCUUUUUUCUAAAAACGGUCCAUUUGUAUGAAUGUCUUCUUGUCACUAGAGGGAAGUGUUGGUUUAAAACACACAACAAACCUGUGAUGUUAUAUCAUGAUUUUGCGGCCUCUUAUCAAAACCCUUAAACCAGAUAAUGAUGGAAAUGCAUAAAAAUAAAAGAGAUUUUUUUUUUCGAUUUAA